AUGAAAUUGCACUUUUCGAUCCGUUUCAAUUUAGGUAAUAUUUGUCGUUCCCCAAUGGCUGAAGGAAUUUUUUUGGAUCUCAUCGAUAAAAAAGGUGUAAUGGAUAAGUGGGUCGUCGACAGUGCGGCAGUGAUUAAUUUUCAUGCCGGUGGUUCUCCUGAUCACAGAACAUUGGCUACUUUGGCUAAACAUGGAAUCACAAAUUACAAGCACAUCGUUCGUCAGGUAACUUAUGAAGAUUUCAAAAAUUUUGACUAUAUAUUUGCUAUGGAUCGUGAAAAUAUGUCAGAUCUUGAAGAACUGAGUAAGCAAACAACAGGGAAAGCAGUUAUUGAAUAUUUGGGGAAAUACGAUCCUAAGGGCGUGACAGUAGUGCCAGAUCCUUACUACAGUUUCGGAUCAAAAAUGUUUGAUCAGGGAAUGCCUGGUUUCGAUUCACGGAUAAUGUACUUGAUAUUGAGAUCAGAUCUUAUUACUGAUUUAAAAUGGUCACUUGGUGCAGUUGCAACGCAGGCUGCACAUGCAGCGACUGCAUGCAUCUGGACAUUUCGUGAGGAUAAUGAAGUAGUGGAGUACAUGAAAGAUAUUAGUCAUCUGAGAAAAGUUACUCUCAAGGUGUCAAAUGAAAACGAAUUACGAUCUAUUGAAAAGAAGCUGCAAGAUAGUAAUCUUGAUUACUAUUUAUGGACGGAAGACAAUACUGCGGUGUGCAUCGCACUCAAACCACAGUUUAAAAGUUUUAUUGAACAUCAUGUGAAACACUUGAAAUUAUUUUGA